AAUUUGACUCAAGAUGUCCUUGGAAAGUCUAGUUCAACUGUUUAUGCCAUUGCAUUGUUAGCCUCUAGACAGAGCUCUGCAAUAACUGGUACAUACGCUGGGCAAUACAUCAUGCAGGUGGUAAUUUGAUAGGAAACACAAAGAUUAAACUAAUGUAUGAUAUUCGUAAUCUGUCUUUACCCAAUUCCCAAUUCCCUUGAAGGGUUUUCUAAACAUGAAGAUGAAAAAAUGGCUGAGGAAUCUCAUGACUCGAUCAAUCGCAAUCACUCCAAGUCUCAUCGUGUCCAUCAUCAGUGGUUCCUCAGGAGCCGAACGACUCAUCAUAAUCUCAUCGAUGGUACUAUCAUUUGAGUUGCCAUUUGCACUCUUAUCUCUUCUCAAAUUCAGCAGCAGUCAAACAAAAAUGGGACCUCAUAAAAGUUCAAUAUAUAUCAUUGUGGUGUCAUGGAUUCUUGGUUUGCUUCGGGUAGCAAUCAACAUCUACUUCUUAAGCACCAGCUUUGUCAGUUGGCUCAUUGAUAGCAGCCUACCAGCAAUUGCUAACGUUCUCAUCAACAUCAUUGUUUUCCCUCUCAUGGCAGUGUACAUUCUUGCUGUGAUCUACUUAACCUUCAGGAAGGAGACUGAAGUAACAUUCGUCGACCUAUUGAAUUCUUCACAUGUUAACAUAGAGAGUGGUGGUUCAUUUCAAGUUGAUGGAAUGAGUAGAUCUGAAGUUGCACCCGUCAGAGAGGAUCAUGCAGAUAUUCCCCUCCCUGAUUAGAUAAUUAAGGUUCUAAUUACUUGGAUGUUGGUACUGAGUCCUUCACAAGUUAGUUCUUCUUCGGCACCAACUUCAUAUUGUUCAUUAAUUGU